UAAAUACCACUUGUGAUGCACCGGCAAGUCUUGGUCGUGAGGAAGCUCAGGGUUGCAGUAGUGCAUCAGUCUUUUUUCUUUCCAUAACAAAGAAGACCAUCAUCCAUCUUUUGUUUUUUCUCCCCGAUUUCAGUUCAUUUCAGGCCAGUUGCAUGCAUUGUUCGUCUCCCAAAAUGGUUUGCGAGACUAAAAUCGUUGCAGACGAACACGAGGCCAUAGCUGGGACCAAAAAAGAUUCAAUUAUAGUUUCCUCCUCGCAGAUGUGGACGUCUUCUUCUCCCUCUCCCAGCGCGCUCGAGAGUAAGGUUGAAAAACGGGACCAGGUUUUUAUUCGCGAGUUUGAACGCUCGGACCAUGAGGAGGUGCGCCGGAUCUUCACCGAGGGAAUCAUGGAGCGGAUACCCAAUUCGGCAUUUCGGGGUCUAAAACAGCAAACUAGAACCCAGUUUAUCUAUGCUUUCCUCACAGUAAUGUGCUAUGUUAUGACCAAAUCCUUCACACUGACCUUCUGCACACCAUUCAUUCUAAUGGGUGCACGUUAUUACUACAGCAGAAAAGUCAUUCUCAACUACCUGGACUGUGCGCUGCACACUGAUAUGGCUGACAUUGAGGCAUAUUACAUGAAACCCACAGGCUCUUGUUUCUGGGUGGCAGUUUUGCAAGGCCAGGUUGUGGGCAUCGUGGCAGCGCAAGGCCGAGAAGACGACAACACCGUGGAACUCCGACGCAUGUCAGUGGACUCUCGCUUCCGUGGAAAAGGCAUCGCCAAGGCUCUGGGUCGACGUGUUCUAGAAUUUGCCAUGCUAAACAACUACUCGGCCGUGGUUCUGGGAACAACUGCAGUCAAGAUGGCCGCCCACAAGCUGUACGAGUCUUUGGGUUUCCGGCGAGUGGGAGAGACUGAGGACUACACGCUGCCUGGGAUGACCCGUUCGCCGCUGGAGAGGCUCUUCUUCCAGAUUCGCUACAGCCGGUACCGAUUGCAGCUUCACGAAGAGUGAGAGACAGAGAGUUAACACGAGUUCAGAAGACAGAAUUAUAAACGACGAUGCCGGCAACGACCCUGAACCACCCACUGACCCGGUCCUCUUCUCCUACCUAUUUAUUUAUGUUUUGGGCUUUUUUUAAAAAAGUCUGUUCCUACAACCUUUAUUUUUAUUCAUUUUGAUUUCUAUUCUUAUUUUCAUGAUCAUUGUUUUGGAGGGGGUUUAACGGAACGUUUCAUUUCUUUUUUUUUUUUUUUUUUUUUUAGACCACCCUGGAUGUUUCUGCUCUUAUUCUUUCUUUUUCAUGGUCACCCUGCCCUGAAACAUUAAGUGAAUAGCCCCAAUGAUUUUAUCUCAAUUGGAUAUAAAUGUACAUUUAUUUGACAGAUUCUCCACUAAAAAACAAAUCAAGGCAGACAAAUUCUGCCUUUGACCUUUUCCCAAACCAUUCUAUAGGCCGAUCCACAGAGUAGCACAGACCACUAUAAACACAGUUUAUGAUCCAGUGGACAUCAGAACUGGAGGGAAGGAGGUGGUAAAGUCUGAUCCAGCUUUUCUGAUGCCACCUUCCUUUUGAGGAAGUACGUUUGAAACUUGCAACAGCAGCAGUCUGGUGGAGCCAAACAGUCCAUCUAAUUGUAAUUUUUAGUCCAAAGCACAGAAUUUUUAACUGUGUCUAACCAAAAAACAAAAAGAGCUAGAAAUGUGGAAUAUUAUAAAGCCAGUGAUUUAUAUCCCUAAGCGCCCCUAACAACUUUUGCAAAAUAGUCUUUAUUUUUUUGUUAAACAGGUUCCUAGUGCUGAGCCACAGUCAAAAAAAAGGUCAAUUUUACUAGAAAAACAUGAAUGUUCAUCAUGUUAAAGAGAACGAUAAAGAAAAAAUGUUUCUUUACACUUCAUUUGGCUGACAUUAAAGUAACAGUCAGUGAAACUCGCGUUUACAGACAUAACUGCUAUAAAAAAAGUCACUGAAAUCUGAAAUCUACAAAAAAAUUCAGUUAAAAUUUGAUUCUAAAACUGCACACAUUUCAGUAUCACACAAUUGUCAUCAAACCGAUUUUAGCACAUAUCUAUUUGUGUACCGAAUUGAUAAAGCUUUAAUAAUGACUUGAUUAAACUUUUGUAUACUUUGUGGAUAAUCUCAGAAUUUGGGUUUGGGGAAAAAUACUUACUACAAAAUUGUGGUCAUGCUUCCCAAGCUGAUAUUGCUCCUCCGAUGCAAUAUCUAAAAUACAAAGCAAAAACAGACUCCAAGUAUAUUCAAAUUAAACUUGGGUGGCAUAAAAGCAGCAAUAUGGUGACAAAACAGAAAUUGAACUGAGCACAAAUUUAAAUUUGGAUAAACAAUAAAAAAAAAAGGACUGUAUAAGUAUACAAUAUAUAAGGCUUUAUAUUCUGCAACUAUUCAAUAUGUAUAUGUAAACUGUUUGAAUACAUAUAUAUGACAUACCCAUAAUCUCUCUCUGUCUCUAUCCUCCUAUCACAGUACCAGCACAGGGAGAGAUACAAACCACAAUGAGCCUCAUCUGUGACAUAAUGUUGUAUAAAGUUAAGAAACUAAAUGUGAUUUAAAAUACAUAGAAGUAACAUGUAGUGCAAAAAAAAGGACAAAAAAACAAAAAAAAAUAAACAUGAACAUCGUCAGUUUUCCUCGACGUUAACCCCACCCCCAUCCGAAUAUCUGACUGCAACCCUGGGCCAGACCUCUCCCUCCCUUACGUCCCCACCCCCAUCUCUGCAUGCGCCACGGAGUGUUGUUGCGCUGCCUUUUUCCCAUUCUAGCUUGUACUAUCCCCAUACUUCCCUCCCUCUGUGAUGUCACAGUAGCAGUGUGGAGAGUUGUGGGUGUGGCUUAGAAUGUGAGAUGGGCGGGGUCAACCAAAUAAUAGGACUACCCACCAGCUUGCUGCUUCAAUGACAUCACAGCUGCCAAUAGUAGAAUGCAAGAGCAAUGCAAGUAUGUGGCAUGCCUCUGUACCUGGUUUGUGCGUACGGUGCCUGCCCUGGAAAAGAAGUAUAUUUAAAACUAUGUAAAACAAGCUUCUUUUUUUAACUGAACAUAUAACAAAUACGUGUGUUUCAUUGUUCAAAGAAAUUGUUGUUGCAUGAAACGUCUUUGAAAGAAAACCGAGCAAAGCAAGAAAACACCAUCUUUCACACGGCAAGUCUUAAAAGUGGAGCUGUUUCUUUUUAUAGUUCUAUGUAAUUUCAGUUCAUGCGAAAAUUCUUACUGUCAUCUUUUAGGAUAUUGUGAGAUGUCCUUUUUCAGAGAAGGCCUUGAAAUUUAUUUAUCUGAAUGCGCUGUUUCGAUUACAGAUCUGUUACGUGACGCUUCUCACUUUACUCGUGAGGACGUCCCUGUUUUAGCAAUGUAGGUUGAAACGAAUGAGGCACCAAGAAAGCAAUUCUCUAGACAGCUUUGCCAGUUGCGUGUGCCAGUCAAAUUAGACAUAGCAUUCACCUGUCUCCCUUAAAAUUGACUUGAGUGGCCAGUUAAGCUGUAUUUAAAUGCACUUAACAUCCUUAAGAAGAAAGGCUGCACGUGAUGGGAUAUUUAAACUGUCAGCAUGAAAGCCAGUGUAAACCCAAAGCAAAUGGGCUACAGAUCGCUUACGUGUGAUCUUGUAAACAUUUACUCUGUAAACUGUGAAAGGCCAAAACAAUCCACAAAUAAUCAAACACAUAAAUAGAAUACAGUAUGAGAAUAUAUAAGGAGCUGUACCAACCCAACAUAUAGGAAUCAGUAUCAAAUAAACUGGAAAAACACACAAAUGUCUUAAUGGGAUUUACCAUAGUGCUGGCAGAUGUGAAUGUACACGGCAAUCAGCAAUGUAUUCGUACAGAUUUGAACAGUGUUUGAUGUACUUGAGGUCUUUUGCUAUGAGUGUUAUUCUUAUUCUGUAGUGCAACUGCCUUGAAAAAAACUUAUCUUAUUCUGAAUGCAGUUAGCAUGGGAUUGGGGAUUUCAUGUAUAAGGUGCAUGUACUGUUACCAGACUGAAGAGAGCCUUAUUGUAAUGCUAAAAUUGCAAGCAAGUGCGAGAACGCCAUGAUCACUGCUUGUGUUUAACUAACCCGUUGACCGGUCCCUGAUCAUGCCGCUUAGUAUUGCACGUGCUAAAGCUUUUGCACAUGCUAAAGGCUCAGUUAAACUGGAUUGAUGUAUACAGUGUCAUAUGUGGGUUUAGACUGGUGACUUGAUUGGCUAGCGAAUGUCUCCGAAAGUCGGAGCAGUGCGAAAAGAGAUUGUUACGUAAGGAUAAAAAGCUGGGGUUUUACCCAAGUCUUAAAGAAAAAGAAAAAAAAAAAAAAACAACAACACAGAAAUAAAGUGCAUUCUUUGUAUAUACAUUUCUAGUGUUAGUUUGAGAGAACCGUUGAUGAUAAGGCAUUCAGAUUGACCUUGGUAACCUGCAUGAAAGAGAUGGCUGCUAAGAAUGUUUCACUUAAUAGAGGAGGAGGGAGCCAGAGAAAAUCCACAACGGUAAAUGGUCUUGCUUCAUCACUGUAUGCAUGAAACAAGCCAAGGCGCCAACGUGUGGAGCUGCUCCCUUCUCCUUUCAUUUUCUAGGUUGAAAGCACUCCCUUAAUUGUGGCUGCAAGUGCCGAGGAGGUAGUGGCACUUGCAGCACAAUUGUACAAUUAUUUUCUUUCCUUGGUUCAUUUUUUUUAAACAAGGGUUUGUCUCAUAUGCUUAUCUAUGAUCCACUACAAUGUAUUAACGGUAUUUUUACAAGUUAACUUUGCCAAAGUCGGGAUGUUUGCUCUAUUUUAUUCUUUUGCCGCUUGUCUUUAAAAUGUUGCCACUACUCAUCUUUGUAGAAUUCAUUUGGAAAUCAAGCCUAUGUGCCAUUUUAUCAAGCAAUAAUACAAAGUAUCACAGUUGGAAAGAAAAAAAAAAAAAUCAUGAGAUUAUAAAAAUGUUCAAAUGCUGCAUUGAUGUUCAAUCCCUCAUACUUUACUGGUGACAGUCGCUAAGAUGUUAUUAGUAUUGGCACAGCAACAUCACCACGGGCAAGCCAAGGCCUGACAAAGUGUGAAUGUGAAUUUUAUUUUUUUGUAUAUUCUCUUUGUGUUUUAUAUUUCCUUGAUUCUAACUACAACUAACAUGUUUACUUGCAUCUUUAAUUCUUCAGUUUACAGUGGAUUUUAUGUUGUACUGAUAUGAAGCCCAUGAAAAUAGGUCAAAAACCUUUGUGACUGGCUGAUGCCAUGGGCCUCUGAAAGUUGCGCCAAGCUCUGAACGACGACUGGUCACUCGCAAAUAUCCACUGUCUCCUGAUUCACAAGGAGCGCAGUCUCCAACAAUCUGUGACAGUAAUCAAAACAGAGAAAUCAACACCACACUACCAGUUUUACAAGUGGCGCAAUACGCACAGAAUCAUGUUAACAAAGCUUUUAUGAUUUUUCUUGAAGACUAAAACAAUUAACCUUUUUUAUUAACAUUUUAAUAUAUGUAAAGUUGUAAAGUGUAAUUUACUGUAAAUAGCAUUUGGGGACAUUUUAUGAUCAUUUUGUAACAGAAACUAUAUGAAUAUAAUUAAGAUGUUUACAAAAAAGAAAAAACAACAAUGAUACACUUUAGGAAACAACUGCAAACUGAGACACAAUUCUAACUGUACAAUCAGCCUACAUUUGUGCCAGUCAGAGCAAAAGCAACUUUCAGAGUCCCUGCAUUGUUUCAGCACUUAUUACGGGCUUUUAGAAGCAUUGAAAAGUGCUGGUGGGUUUACUAAUUAUUGUAAAUUUAUGGGUAAAUCCCUGGAAAUACUUUGGAAAAUGUAUGGCACUUAAAAGAUAAUCUCACAAGUUGGCAGUAACACUUUUUCUUUGCUUUAGAAAUGCUCGUGUUUACAAUUUCUGCUGUAAGUUGGCACUAGUUGCCCCAUUUAUGUCAGCAUGGUCACAUUUCAGUCAUCGGCUGUCUGUUACUAUAGAAACAAACCCACACAAAGCACAGCAGGGAAAUGAUAUGCAGCCAUACAUGGGGGACGGGGUCAGGAGCCACAAAUGGGGCUGGGUUUAGUAUGAUAAUGAGGAGUUUAGGGAACGAAAGGAGGUUUGCGGAUUUCAUUAUAAGUCUGACCUUGCUUUACCUGUUUGGUCGCAGUGAUCACCUGGUUCUUUGAGUCUGAAAUCAUUGUACUGCCUGAGUUUUCUUAAAAUGCUGUUUAAGUUUCCCCCCUUUUCUUUCAUUUCCUCAAUACACAGGAACUUUGUAAAGAUGUAAAGAAAAGUUUUCCUGAUUUAUGAAAGAAAAGGAUGUACAUACUGUAUCAAUUAAAGGAACGAUUCAUAAAGCUUGUA